CCGCCCAGCGCUCCGCCGCCCGUCCCGCCGCCGCCCGCGCCCGCGCCGCCCGCGCCCGACAACAACAACUUGGAGAGUCCCAACUGGCAGUCCUUCCACCCGACCCUGCGCGAGAGGAACGCGCUGAUGUUCAACAACGAGCUCAUGGCUGACGUCCACUUCAUCGUGGGGCCCCCGGGAGCGGCCCGCAGGGUGCCCGCCCACAAGUACGUCUUGGCCGUUGGGAGCUCUGUCUUCUAUGCCAUGUUUUAUGGCGAUUUGGCAGAAGUUAAGUCAGAAAUCCACAUCCCCGACGUGGAGCCCGCAGCCUUCCUAAUCUUGUUAAAGUACAUGUACAGUGACGAGAUCGAUCUGGAAGCCGACACGGUGCUGGCCACUCUCUAUGCUGCCAAGAAGUACAUCGUGCCGGCACUAGCUAAAGCCUGUGUUAAUUUCCUGGAGACCAGCCUGGAAGCCAAAAACGCUUGUGUCCUGCUGUCCCAGAGCCGGCUGUUUGAGGAGCCCGAGCUGACCCAGCGCUGCUGGGAGGUCAUCGAUGCUCAGGCGGAGAUGGCUCUGAGGUCUGAAGGCUUCUGUGAGAUUGACUGGCAGACGCUGGAGAUCAUCGUGACGCGGGAAGCCCUCAACGCCAAGGAGGCCGUGGUCUUCGAGGCCGUCCUGAGCUGGGCGGAAGCAGAGUGCAAGAGGCAGGGCCUGCCGGCCACCCCGCGCAACAAGAGGCACGUGCUGGGGCCCGUCCUCUACCUGGUCCGGAUUCCGACCAUGACCCUGGAGGAGUUCGCCAACGGCGCUGCCCAGUCGGACAUCCUGACGCUGGAGGAGACCCACAGCAUCUUCCUGUGGUACACGGCCGCCAACAAGCCCCUCCUCAGCUUCCCGCUGACCAAGAGGAAGGGCCUUGCCCCGCAGAGGUGCCACCGUUUCCAGUCCUCCGCCUACCGCAGCAACCAGUGGCGCUACCGCGGGCGCUGUGACAGCAUCCAGUUUGCCGUGGACCGAAGGGUGUUCGUGGCAGGGCUGGGCUUGUACGGCUCCAGCUCCGGGAAGGCCGAGUACAGCGUGAAGAUUGAACUGAAGCGGCUGGGGGUGGUGCUGGCUCAGAACCUGACCAAGUUUGUCUCGGACGGCUCCAGCAACACCUUCUCGGUCUGGUUUGAGCACCCCGUGCAGGUGGAGCAGGACACCUUCUACACGGCCAGCGCUGUCCUGGAUGGCAGCGAGCUCAGCUACUUUGGGCAGGAAGGCAUGACGGAAGUGCAGUGCGGGAAGGUGACCUUCCAGUUCCAGUGCUCCUCGGACAGCACCAACGGGACCGGGGUCCAGGGUGGGCAGAUCCCGGAGCUCAUCUUCUAUGCCUGAGGUGGCAUGGGUACGCCGUGAGGGGCGCUGGGAGGGGAAGGGACGUGCAGGAGGCCGUGCUACCCCUUCACCCCCCGCCGACUGCCUCGCUGACGUCAUUAAAGACCUUGCUUAGUUUGUA